AUGGCCGAGGGAAGAAUUGAAAAGGAGCUUAACAGCGUCACCCGCAACCCCCCUAGCGAGUAUACAGCUACUUCGGAGAAAGAUGCGUUUCACUGGGCAGUAACUAUGCAGGCACCUAUCCAAACCCCAUACGAAGGCCGCGCCCUCCAGCUAUCGGUCUCCUUCCCCGAAGCCUACCCAUUCGAUGCGCCGAAAGUGGCAUUUACCAGCCGUGUCUACCACUUGAACGUGGAUGCGAAGGGUGAGAUUCGCUUGAAUACUCUCCAGGACAAGUGGGCUCCGAAUAUGAAUAUGCAUGAGACUCUGCUUUCUAUCCACAAAUUGCUUAUCGAGCCCAACCCUGCUUCUCCGGCCGAUUCGGAGAUUGAGAAGCUUUGGAAGAGUGAUCGGGAAGCAUACAACCGGAAGGCGAUGGAUACUGUGCGGUGA